AUGUCAGUUCAGACUGCAGACAACAUACGGCACAGCUUCGUGGUGGCUUGCUUCAUCUUCAAGUUCUCAAAAAACAACGCCACUCCGCAAGUUGCUUUAUUUCGGCGCAGUGACCAAGUGAGAACCUACCAACACCACAUAGGACCCAUUUCGGGAGGUAUAGAGGCAAAUGAAUCACCAAUCCAAGCAGCUUGGCGCGAGAUAAAUGAGGAAACUACUUUGACUCCAAAUGAACUUGAUUUCUGGCGCCAUGGGAAUCCAUUUACCUUCACUGACACUUCAGUGGGACGAAAAUGGACUAUCUACUCUUUUGGAUUUCGCUUGAAAUCUCAGGAAGAGCCCAGUAACGGUGCCUUGGCCAUAGAAAUUGACUGGGAACAUGAGAGUUGGGCAUGGUAUAAUCCGGCAGAGAUACUGGAUGAGGAGCACUUUGGCGGAGUCCCUCGCCUCGCAGAAAGCUUUCGACGAGUCUUUUUUGAAAUUGAUAUGAAUGAACAGACCAGCUUGGCUUUGCAGUAUUGUUUACAGGAGCUGAAAGAAGACCAUCGCAGCGGAUCACAUGAACUGACAUCUAUUGCGCUGAGAGGAUUCCGAGACGUGCUCGUAAAUCUCAAGUGUGACUCAACUCCAUGGAUAACCGCUCGCACGGCAGCAUGGCACAUUUGGAAAAAUGGGCGAGAAAGCAUGGGUUCAGCAACUUUGAACGCUCUCAUCGGAGCUCUUGAUGAUAUGAGAGAAAUGCUCGACCGGGAUGUUAUCAGCGAAGCUUGUUGGGAUCAAGUUCUUUCGGUGGUCGAUCAUCACUUGGAAUACCGCCGGAAAAUGCCACUGCGAAUUAAACAGUCCUUCGUCACAUACCUUCAAGAUCAUUAUUCCUUGUCUCAAGGCUCCAACGGGUCACAACCACCACAGACCCUGACUCUCCUUACCCUUUCUGCGAGCUCAACCAUUCGGGAUAGUAUUCUCGAUGCCUUUGCAGCAACCUCGAUACCCAGGUUAGAUCUCCAUAUCCUUGAGUCGCGACCUUUAUUUGAAGGAGCUAGCAUGGCGUCAUCCAUCAUCACCGAAUUCCAAACCAAGUUCCCGCCAUCUUCAACUCAGUCUUUGAAUCUGACUAUCCACACCGAUGCCUCUGCAGCUCUUGCAUCUGUGAAUGUGGACCUUGUUCUUCUUGGAGCAGAUCGGAUAUCCAGCUCCGGAAGCAUAAGCAACAAAACAGGGUCACUUCCAGCCGUUCUCAGUGCUAAACAUGUUAGUCCAAAUGUGAAGGUCUUGGUAUUUAGUGGGCUAGAAAAGGUAGCGCCAGACACGGAAGCCCAGCAUGAGGCCGAGGAGAAUGAUCCCGGUGAAGUUGUGAGCAGCUGGCUUGCCAGUGAUAUUAAAGGUGUCCAUCUUCUUGGAGAAAUGUGUGACACACAUACCAGGAAUGCCAACUGCACUGCUCAGGUGCGGAAUGUCUACUUUGAGUGGGUUCCUGCUGAUCUUAUUGAUGGGUAUAUUUGUGAGAAUGGUACGCUUGAUCGGCCAGCGAUAUAUGCAAAGGCAGAGAGCGUGAGAAUGAAGGCAAGUGAGUACUUUAGCACGGUCUAA